AUGAAGGCCGCGGUCUCGAUACUCAACCUCCCAAUUGAGCUUGUGUGUCAUAUACUCAUUUAUUUGGAUUCUCUGGACAUUCUAGUAUGCGGUCUGGUAAACAAGCAGAUGAAAGAGAUAAUCCAGCAAUCGUGCGCUCUUCAAUACAAGUUAGAAUUGGCGAGGCACCGUAUGGUGUCGAGCCUCAAAUCCUAUCAUGAUCCACCAUUAGCGACGCGUCUACGAGCUCUCCGACACAAUGAAGCAGCUUGGCACACACUCGCGUCAAGAGCACGCUAUCGUUCCCGAUUUAUGCACACAGGUGCUUUAUACGAGUUUCAAAGCGGAAUAUUUGGCCAGAGCAAAGAAAACGAACAAAAUCAUACGACGCAUAUCGUGUUUUUCGACUUGGUCAAGAUGGAGAACGGAGAACCUCAUAUCCAUUGGAUUCAUCCCGUUAUUGGGUUGAUGGUAAUCGACUUUACCAUGGAUCCGUCGCAAGACCUGCUUCUCCUUAUAUCUCUGGCCCCACCCUCAUCCGAUUACCUUUAUGAAGCACAUUUCAGAACCUUGUCGACCAACAAGCCUCAUUCCCGAGCUUUAUCAGCAACUGUUAGUUUUCUGGAGCGGCCAAACGCUUGGUCCGUCGUUGAUGGAAUAGUGGUUGCUCACAUUUCGGGGGAGUUGACUGGCUUGCUGAUCAAGGAGGCGCCGAGCGGUGGGAGCGUCCUCCAAGUGUUCAACUGGCAGUUUGGUCCUCACGACAGAUGCCAGAUAAGGCGUGUAACUGGGAUAGACGACUUCAAUUUUCUCUCCCAGGAUAAGGUCCUCAUCGUUCGCUCUGCUGGUGUCUUCGAAGUUUAUCAACUCCCAGCCGAUUUUUCCAAAUCCGCUGUCCUGCUUGCAUCGUAUGCUUUUCCUGCUUUCGGCUUCUCGUUCAACAACUUUUGGUACAUUUCUCUCAGCAGUCAUCCCGCACCAGGAUAUAAUCCCAAUGUAGGCAGAUCAUCUGCCUGGGAUGGACAUCCGAAGAAGGCUUAUGUUGGCGAUCCGGAAAACAGACUCCAUUGCUGCUGCAUUUACACUCAUACUAACUCGUCAGCCCACUCCUUCGUAUUCUUUUUCCGUUCUGGUACAUUUCUUAAUCCACCUCCCCACUGGCAGGAGAUCGGGGCAGGCCACCCAUUUCCGUGGAAUCCAACGAUAUUCACAAAUGAUCGUGACCCGCAGUUAUUAUACGAUGUUGUACCUCCUCCCUCUUUCCCGACUGUGGUAUCUUCCUUGACCUCCGAAAUUGAACCCACCCCGGCCUUUCCUUUAUCGACAUCAAGGCCACCUUCGCCUCUUUCCUUCCUGUUGCCCGAAUCCCCCACCUCUGAGCUGCCAGAUCUCAUCUCUCUUCCAGAAUUCUCGCAAAGUUCCCAAUCCUUUUUGUUUCAUGAAGCUGCUUCAUCCUCUCCACAACAUUUAACUCCUUCAUUUCGACGGAGCGUCUACGAGCCAUCAGAGCCGAUUCCUUGGAAGGUGUGGGGGCCGCAGAGUACACGGUGGUUCCGGCAACACUUUUCAAAGGAUUGGCAUCAUGCCACUUAUGGGUUGAGGACCGCAGAGUUAGUGGCGAACCCUAACUCUGUGGACGAUCCGACUGUCGUGUUUGUCCAACAGGGGACUCUUCACGUUAUAAGCGAUGGAGACGAUGACUGGAAUGGUUUCGAACAGAAUGAAGCUGAGGACUGGGAACUGCCGAAACACGAUAUGCCCAAUAUUUUUGAACCGGAAAAUGAGGCUUCCUCCCGGACGCAAGAGCAACCUCGAAACAGGAAGUAUCUUCGUGUGAAGAACUUUAAUCCUUAUGUCAUUUCUCAAAUGAUGGAAGAGAUGUCCAUGGUUGACGGUGAAGACAAUGUGAAGCUCGGUAAUGGCUUGACGUAUCGUGUGGUUACGAAACCCUCAGUGACCAAAGGAGAGGACGUAUUCAGGGAGGAUAUCGUCAGCCAUUUACCCUAUGUGGAAGUGACAAGUAAUGAACAAUUCGACGCCUCCGAUGUGAUGGUCGACGAUGAGCGUUUAUUGAUCAUAAAGCGAGGAAGGAGAGGAAGGUUGAAGUCUGUUCAAGUAUUAAGUCUGUAG